GAGGCCGGACGGGCGAGGAGCGGCCCCGGAGCACGGCGGAGACAAUGCGGGAGGCGGGGGGCCGCCGCCGGAGCCCCCCCUCCUAGGGACCCCCCGCCUCGGGACCCCCGGCCAGGUUCAUGUGUGGGGACCAGCCUUAUAUGGACUCCUCGCUCCAGCAAUGGCUCGGGAUUUUCCAGCGGCAGGCGCGGGUUCGGCGCGGCUGAACGAGAUCCAGAAGUGAUCUUUUUUUUUUUUUUUUCCCUUUUUUUUUUUUUUUUUUUUUUUUUGGCGUCUCUCCCAACCGUCUUUUUUUUUUUUUUUUUCCUAAAUUUCUUUCCCUGGAGUUACAAACUAUUCCCGAAACCAGCUGCUGCUCCCGCUCCCGGAAUUUUCCCCCGUGGCAGAACAACCAGCACCACCGCAGAGAGACCCCGGCGCUGCGGCCGCUUCUUCUCCCUCACACCCCCCCACCGCCUGCACCGCCGCUAAUUUUUCUAUCGACCCGCGUUAUUAUUGUCAUUAUUCUAUUUUUUCCGCCCUUCCCCACGCGUGCCGAGCCCCCCCCGUCCCUCCCCGUGUCCCUGCGCAGUGUGGCUGUCGCCGCUCGGCGUGUGCGUGCCCAGCCGUGACCCGGCGGCUCGGCCGAGCCGCGGCUCCAACUUUCCCAGGCGGAAUUUGGCCGGAACAUGUCUCUGACCAACACAAAGACGGGCUUCUCGGUGAAGGACAUUUUGGACCUCCCCGACACCAACGAUGAGGACGGCUCGGCGGAGGGCGGCGAGGAGGAGAGCGAGGCGCCCGAGCCGCCGCGGAAAGCGGGAGUUUUGGGACAAACCCCCUUGGACACUGUUCCGACGCUGCCUUUGAAGAGCCCUUUCUAUGAUAACAGCGAUAAUCCCUACACGCGCUGGCUGGCGAGCGCCGAGGGCAUCCAGUACUCCCUGCACGGGCUGGCGGCCGGCGGCGGCGGCCAGGACCCCUCGGCCAAAUCGCCGGAGCCGUCGGCAGACGAGUCGCCCGACAACGAGAAGGAAGCGGCGGGCGGCGGGGACGCGGGCAAGAAGAGGAAGAGGAGGGUGCUGUUCUCCAAGGCGCAGACCUACGAGCUGGAGCGGAGGUUCCGGCAGCAGCGGUACCUGUCGGCGCCGGAGCGGGAGCACCUGGCCAGCCUGAUCCGCCUGACCCCCACGCAGGUGAAGAUCUGGUUCCAGAACCACCGCUACAAGAUGAAGCGGGCGCGGGCCGAGAAAGGUAUGGAAGUGACUCCUCUCCCCUCGCCGCGGCGGGUGGCCGUGCCGGUGCUAGUGAGGGACGGCAAGCCCUGCCACACGCUCAAGGCUCAGGACUUGGCAGCCGCCACGUUCCAGGCGGGCAUCCCGUUCUCGGCGUACAGCGCGCAGUCCCUGCAGCAGCACAUGCAGUACAACGCGCAGUACAGCGCGGCCGGCAGCCCCCAGUACCCCACGGCGCACCACUUGGUGCAGGCGCAGCAAUGGACCUGGUGAGGCCCCCGAGCCGAGGGAGAGCGGGCGCAGAGCGAGAGAGAGAGACGGAGACAGACUGAUGCUCCAAAAAUUAAAAAAAAAAACAAACAAACGUCGAAACUGCGGGGGAAGGAAUGGCGAGGGAAACGCUAUUAUUAUUAUUAUUAUUGCUAUUAUUAUUAUUAUUGCUAUUAUUAUUAUUAUUAUUAUGGGUUUUUUUCC